GCUCGGAAGCAUUGCCGUCAGCAAUCUCCCUACUAAUCUCUGGUACUACUUCAGACUUCUUUUUAAUUGUGUAUACUGUGCGGUGGUACUGCGAUAGCGCGGAAGCGAAUGCAUUCGGCAAACAAUUGAUUAUCACCGUGUGUUUGUUGUUCGCCUGACUUCGAAUGCAUCCUCGUGUGCAUCCAUAGUUCUUCGGGGAUUUAUGCAUUCGGCAAGAUGGAUAACGAAAAGCCAAGCACGAGCAAAAUAAUAAAGAACUUGCGUUCUGGAACUGAGGCGUUGAGAAGAAGUAGCAACACCAGUUUUCCAUUAAAGAGAGACAGUAUUUCCUCCACAAACAAUGAUGAUAACAAUCAGGAAACUCCAAAAAAGCAAAAGAUGGAUGAGUCUUCCAAUGGAUUGUUGAAUACCAGUGAAAUCCCAGGUAGUCCUUGGGAAUGGCGUAGGAUGAAGGGAGAAGUUAUUACUUUGAAGGCAACCAUUGCACAUCAAGAUUCCACCAUUAAACAGCUGCACAAAGUACGCAAAGAAAUUGAAGAAAUUUGUCGCAAGGAAAAAAAAUUACUGGAAAUUCAAAUUGAACAGGAUAAAUCAACGAUCAAGCAGCUGGAAUUGAGAGUAGAUAUAGGACGAAAGACUGUACAGGAAGCCAAAACUGCCCAAGCACAUGCUGAGCGAGAUUUAAUUCAAAUGAAAAGCAAAAUGGAACAAAAAGUCUUAGCACUUGUAGAUGAUAAUAACAAAUUAACAGAACAACUUCGGCAACUUAUCAAACAAGAGAAUAAAACUGAAACUUCUGUACAUGUUGCAAAACCUCUUGAAGAUAUUGAGUAUAAGUAUGAAUUAGCUACUAAGAGGAUAGCUGAUCUUGAGGUAAAAUUGAAAGAGGCCAUGUCCAUUCAACAAGAAUUUGAAGUGCAAAAAGUUGAUUUACAAAAUUGCAAAAUCAAAGUUGGAAUUCUUGAAGCUGAAAAGGUCAUGUAUGAAGCAAAUAAAAAGAUUGUUAAUAAAGUAGGAAGAGUAUGCGAAUUGGAAAAUGAGUUAACUCAUGCUAGAGAAAUUAUAGCCUCUAUGAGGGAAUCUGUCAAAGGGAAAUUACUCCUGGAAGAACAAAUGGCGAAUGUUGAAGAAAGACUGAAAAGAACUGAAAAUCUUGAGCGUCAAAUUUCUCAACUGGAAAUCACUCAAGGAGAGCUGUUAUCCAAAAUUUCGGAUUAUGAGUCCAUCGGAAUUUCUGGUGGUCCAAGUGCCCUCAGACGGGAAAUUAAUCGAUUACAACAGGCUGAAAUUCUCCUUACUUCUGAAGAAGGUCAAUUGAGGUCACAAAUCGAUUCUCUACAGAAACAGUUGAUUGCUUCCGAACAGAAGCAUGAAGAAACGAAAAAAGUUUUAGCUAGUACAACUAACUCGCAAGAUAGACUUACGAGAUUUGUAGGUAGAUUACAAAAAAAAUUGUCUCUUGUUACAAGAGAAAGAGACAGUUACAGAGAACAGUUAGAUACAUAUGAAAAAGAAAUAACUAACUACCAAAGUAGUGAAUCAACGCCAAAUCUAUUGAAUGAAAGGAUACCCGCUUUAGAACGAGCAUUGGAAGGUUACAGGGAUUUAGUGGCAAAAUUAGAAGCUGAUCUCGAAUCUAUCGAUGGACUAAAUCAGAGGGAAGAAAAUAAGAAACUAAAGGAUGAACUUGAACAAUUGAAAGGUGAACUGGAGCACAGAGCACUUAAAGGUGAUUUUAAUAUCAACGCUAAGAUUUUACACUUCAAGUUCAAUCCAUUGACAAUGGCCGCACAACAAGCGGUCGAAAAGCAACAAGCACUGCUGCAGGAAGUUGAACAGCUUCGCACUGCAGUAGGUUCUGGAGGUGUUCCAGGAACACCUACCACUUCUUCUGUGCAUGCUCAAGAAAUCGCUGAACUUCAACAGAAACAUGAAUUAAAAAUUUCUCGUCUGAAGGAAGCUUUCAAAGCUUCGUCACACGAGUAUCGUCAAACUUGUUACCAGCUGUUUGGUUGGAGAGUAGACCGUACGAAGGAGGGCCAGUACAAACUGUCAAGUCAGUACGCGGAAUCUCCAGACGAUUAUUUGUUUUUCCUAGUGAACGAAGAUGGAGUCAAUAUGGUGGAGACUCCUUUUUCGGCCACUCUUACCACGUUUAUUGAACGUCAUCUACAACUCCAGCAUAGUGUACCGAUGUUCCUGAAUGCCGUUCAGUCAGACCUCUUUGAUCAGCAAACAAUGAACGUUGUCAGUUAGUUGUAGGAUUGCUGAAACUAGCAUUUGCGCUAACAACAUUUUGUAUAAUAAAUUUUAAUUGGAAUACGGCUCUUGUGAAUAACUUUGCCAGGUAAUUGUUAAUUUAUCGUAAUAUAUUUCUUACGUCUAAACAAUACGCAAAGCGUAAUUAGAGAUUAGUACCACAAAUAAAAUAUUUUUUCUUUUGUAAAAAUAAGUUUCCUUUCUUAAUAAAAUUAUAUCCUUCAUUUCUAUAGAAGCUAUAGAUUCAACGAGUAUUAGAAAUUAAUUGUAGAGUUGUUCAUUUGAUUUGAAAAGAUGCGACGUAAAAUGUGUUUAGUUAAAAUUUUUUUUAUUUUUCAACUAUUACGAUUCAUAAAAUAUUUUCAUACGACGACAUUCAACCAUAGUCCACAAUAUACAGUAACGACUAUUAUGGUAGAGGGGAUAAUAAUUGUAAAUAACUUUGUACACGUUAAAAUUAUAAAAAUAAAUCUAUUCACGAUUAAUUUU